AGAACAUUCUCAACACCUUCUACUUCUCCAUUCGCACCACUACCGAACUUGUUAUAAUAUCUUCAAAAUGUCGCUCUUGCCUGCCUCCGCCCUCAAUCCUGACGCACUGCCGUUCACACCUUCUGCGAUCUCCCCAUACUCCCAGAGUUAUCGUCACUUCAGUACCGCCACCGUGCCUGUCUCCAAUUUAAACCCCAGGGCCGCGCCGUUUACACCUGCGUCAAAGCCUUCGGCUUUCUUCACCAAGCUGCCACGUGAGAUCUCUCACGCUUCUAUGGCCGAACUCGGCAUUGUUCUGCCAGUUCCUCACAAUGUAACCCCCAAGGUCCAGUACAUGGAGCUGCGGAUGAAGAUCGAACUCCUUCCAGGAGCGGAUUACAUGACGUACCGUGCGAACUUUUCUCGUCUCGAAACCCUAUGGGUGCCGAGUCUGAGAGCAAUGAGCAUCUCGCUGGAAUUCACGGCCGUCUCCAAAAUCGACGCUUCGCCUCAUGUCGCUGAAUGGACCUCUGCAGAAAAACAAGAAUGGGAGGAGAAGAUCGUAAAAGUGACCAAGAAGGAGGUCGAGAGGGUCGGGCGUAGAAUGCUUGGGGGAACAUGGCGUGAAGAGAGUUGGGAAACGACUAUCGAGCCGGAUGCGUUUGGCCAGUACGCCGAAAAAUACAGUGUGAAGAAGUAA